AUGUGGGCUUCUGAUGGGUCCGGGUCUGGGCUGGGCUUCGGAUGGUCCUGGGCCUGGAAAAAGGAUAGCGACGAGGAGUAUCAACAAUUGAUCGAUGGGGCGUUUGAUGCACUGGUUGAAGAGGUGCAGCGGGAAGCUGAGGAGGAAGCGAAGCAGGAGGCGGCGGCAAAGCCUCGCUCGAUCCAUCAUCAGCGGACAAUCUGCCGUGACCAUGCCGGUGCCCACCAGUUGCCGAUGGAUGACUACUUUGGCGAUAACCCCCGUUAUACACCAGAGAUUUUUCGUCAGCGAUUCAGAAUGUCGCAACGGCUCUUCAUCCAUAUAGCAGCGUCAUUGGUGGGGUGGUACAGGUGCUUCACCCUCCGACGUGAUGCCUGCGGCCGGAUCGGACUGUCGACGUAUCAGAAGUGCACCUCUGCAAUUAGGCAACUUUUCUAUGCCGACCCCGCUGAUAUGGUCUACGAAUACCUACAGAUGGGUGAGACGACUGUCGUACAGGUGCUGAGGCAGUUUUGUAAGAGCAUCCAGGAUAUCUUCGGUCCCGAGUAUCUAGGAAAGCUUAGCGACUUUGAAUGCCAUAGACUGAUAGAUAUUCACGAGAGGGUACACGGUUUUCCAGUGAUGCUGGGCAGCAUCGAUUGCAUGCACUGGUAG